AUGUCCGUCGCAGCAGUUCUGCCGGACGACGCGCCUUGGCGGCCAUGGGCGGACCUCCCUUUGGAUCUCCUUCGUGACAUCUCGCGCCGCCUCCACGCCACCACCGACUACGUCCGCUUCCACGCCACGUGCAAGCCCUGGCGCGACACGCUUCCGCCAGCGCAGUGCUAUCCCGCGUUCCUGCCAUGGCUGCUCGCGCCUCCGGACUCCACCAAGCACCGGAAGGCUCGCUGCGUCUUCUCCUCGUCCAAGUCGACUGGCCGUGGCACCGGCGCCGCCACUGAUACAUCGGUUCCAGAUUGCAGGUGGGUGAUCAGCCUGGUAGACGGCACUGUGAUCUCUACCCUCACCAGUAUCUGUUCCGGCGGCCUCACCGACCCUCUCACUGAAUCUGCAUCUGCAUUGGGCACACCCCUACCCCUACCGCCCUUUUCAUGUGACCAAGAGACCAAGUGGUGGGUGGACCACGCCAACGGCGUGGUCUCCGGCGACGGCACAAUCUUUCUAUAUUUGAUUGUUCCCGUCCGCUGCAGAUGGUAUUACCUGUGGCCGUUCAAUGCUGCCCUCCUGCGUCCGGGCGAUGCGGCGUGGACAUUGGUGCGUAAAGAGUACCACGGCAUAUCCUCCAUAAACAGGUGCAUUGCCCAUCACGAUGGGAAGAUCGUCAUACGCAACGGUUACUGGUCUUCCUCCUGCAUCGAGACGAGGCAGGUCCACUGGUGGGAGGAGUGGGUUACCGAUACCCCAUUGCCAUCUGAAUAUGGCAAAGCGUUGCAGUCCAGCUACCUCUUGGAGUCUCGAGGCGAGCUUCUUCUCGCAAAUGUCCUAGCCAAUCAUACGCAAGGUUACCGCUAUACCGUGGGCAGCUUUGUCGACGGGCUGUCGGUUUCAGUCCACGUGCUGCAGCAGGCAGAAGGCGGAGAAACACAGUGGGUGAAGAGGGACGGCCGGAGCUUGGCUGAUCGCGUCAUGUUCCUUGGGAGGCCAAGCAGCUUUGCUGUGGAUGCCGCACGGUUUGGCGUGAGCAGUGGUGGCUGCGCCUAUUUCGUCAUGAAGAGCGAGCUCUAUGGGGGGAUCUGGAGCAAGAUGGCCAUCAAGCAGUGCCGUGUGUUCAAGUACAGCUUCCAGGACGAUAGGUCGGAAUUCGUCGAGCAGCUCCCGGCUGAAUGGGACGACGACGCCUGCAUGUGGGUCACGCCACCACAACCUUCCAUCGCUUCAACUGAGGAAAUUAGAGAGAGGCUUGAGCCUUCACACACAAAGGCUGCAGGAGGGCCACGAUUAUUUGGGCCUUAUUUCAGGAUUUAUGUGGGCAAUCUGCCACGGAAUGUGGAUAGCUAUCGACUGGGACAGUUCUUAAGCAAGUAUGGCAAAGUAGCAGAAGCAAGGGUCAUGUACCACAUAAAAACCAAGCGUUCACGAGGGUUCGGGUUUGUGACCAUGGCGACCCUAGUCGAUCAUGAGCAGGAACAAGCUAUUGCUAAGCUGAAUGGACAGAUUUUGGACGGGCGUCCCGUGCGUGUGAAGCUUGCAGAUCAGAAGCAGCCACAUGCAUGUAGCUUGCUGGUCUAG